UUUGCCUAAUUAGGCGAACCAUAAUCCACCGUAUCAUCAAGCUGUCAUAUCCAUGGCCUGUUUUUUGUCCUCUGUGCUCCUUAUCAGUGUGCAUAGCUGCAGCCAGCGCCAGAUACCAGUAGUCUAAGAGGCAGGAGGAUCGCAGUACAAGUUCUGUUACAGGGCGUUUUUUUUGGUUUGGGACCUUUUUAUAAAUGCACUCCUCUAACAACUGACCUACACAUGAAGAAUUAUUUCACCAUGAUCCUGCAGAGCCUUAUAAACAAACCCAAGGACAAGAGCCAGCCCUGUGACAAACUUGCUUCAAAAUCUUGUAACAGAAAAAAGGAGAAGGUCAUCCUGAACAAGACAAUAUUAACAGUGUUUCUAAGCAACAAUGAACAAAUAUUAACCGAAGUCCCAAUAACCCCGGAGACAACAUGCCGAGAUGUGGUGGAGUUUUGCAAAGAGCCUGGGGAAGGGGCGUGUUACCUGGCGGAAGUUUGGCGGGGGAAUGAACGCCCCCUGCCCUUUGAUCACCUGAUGUUUGAUCACUUGCAGAAGUGGGGCCCACGCAGAGAAGAGGUGAAGUUCUUUCUGCGCCAUGAGGAAUUCCCAGCAGAGGGCAAUGAUCAGACGGCCCGUCAAGCUCCAAACCAGAGAAAUAGUCUGACUGGGGAAAAACGUCUUGAAAAUGGGGUGGGGAACCCACGUGUGGAGCUGACUCUCUCAGAGCUGCAAGACAUGGCCUCCCGCCAACAACAGCAAAUCGAGAACCAGCAACAGAUGUUGGUGGCUAAGGAGCAGCGCUUGCGGUAUCUAAAGCAACAAGAGCGCCGUCAGCUGCAGUCUGUCUCAGAGACUGAUAAACUUCAGAAGCUGAAGGAGAGAGUGGAAACCCAAGAGAACAAGCUGAAGAAGAUUCGAGCCAUGAGAGGACAGGCGGACUACAGCAAAGUCAUGAAUGGGAAUAUAUCAGCUGCGGAGAUUGAGCACAUCAGUGACAUGUUCCAGGAGAAGCAGCAGGAGCUGCAGGUCGCGGUGCAGAAAGUGGAGCAACUCACGCAGCAGCUGGAAGACUUGCGCAAAGGGAAAUUGAAUGGAUUCCAGACCUACAAUGGGCAGAUGACAGGGCCUGCGGCAAUUGAGCUGAAGAAGCUGUACCAAGAGCUUCAGAUCAGGAAUCGCCUCAACCAUGAGCAGAACUCCAAACUUCAGCAGCAAAAAGAGUUGUUAAACAAACGCAAUAUAGAGGUCGCCAUCAUGGACAAGCGUAUAAAUGAACUGCGCGAAAGGCUGUACAAGAAAAAAGUUGAGGCACGUCAAAAAGAGAACAUUCCUCUGAAUCGCAUCAACGGGACACCAUCUCCUCAGUCUACAUUGGCAUCUGGGCGAGUCGCUGCUGUGGGCCCUUACAUCCAGAUUCCAAGCACAGUCAAUUAUACUCUGCCUGCCGAUCCGGUGAAGCCUCAGUCCCUGUCUCUUGCUGCUACUGGAACACAUGCACGCUCGAAGUCUGAGGGAGACGCCAGUGACGCAACUUGGCCUGCACUGAAACAGAAUGCGAUGUCUGUGGUUAAAACGCCUCCGCUUAGCACUUCUGACUGGAAGGAUUCAAAUACGGAGGGCGGAUUCAAAGCUGCACCAAUAUCCAGCCAACCCUUGCCAUCUGCUGCAGUGGGGCCCACUGAGAAACUGUCUACAGAUGGUGGGAAGCUGCCCUCUCCAAUCCCAGGAUUGAGUAAGACGCUGCCACACAAUUACGGCAUGUACCAGGGAUCUCUUCCCUUGAGUGCUACAAAUUCUUUGGAGAGGAGAAAAGAUGGAAGCCUGACCAGACCCGGCUCUGGACCCACAGCACGUACACGCCCACUUCCACUUCCGUUACCUACCCCAAGCAAUGCUCACCCUCCAGGCUCCUCCCAGCUAAUCCAGCAAAGGAUUUCUGUCCCACCCAGCCCCACCUACCCACCCUCUUCUUCCCCCUUGUUCCCUGGAACAGACAGUAGACCCGACCCUCCCUUAACUGUGGCCAUCCGACCUUUCUUGGCCGAAAAGGGAUCCAGGCCACAGUCGCCUAGGAAAGGACCACAGACCGUAAACUCCAGUUCUAUUUAUUCUAUGUACCUUCAACAAUCAACACCACCAAAGAACUAUCAACAAGCUGUAUAUAACACCCUCAACAAAUCUGUGAAAGCAGUAUAUGGCAAACCAGUCGUCCAGUCUGGAUCGUCCAACUCCUCCCCUCUUCCUUUCUUGCAUAGUGCACCAGCUCCAGGUGGUGACAAAGAGGCUGAAGUGGAUGGCAGCGUUCCAGCUGGGGAAGGUAAUGGAGUGGAAAACAUCCCUCGCCCCCUUAGUCCGACCAAGCUAACCCCCAUCGUUCACUCGCCUAUGCGGUAUCAAAGUGACGCUGACUUGGAAGCCCUCAGGAGAAAACUUGCCAAUGCACCAAGACCUUUAAAGAAGAGGAGUUCUAUAACUGAGCCUGAAGGUCCAAGUGGCCCCAACAUACAGAAACUGCUGUAUCAGCGUUUCAAUACCUUGGCCGGGGGCAUGGAAGCUCCGCCUUUCUACCAACAGUGUAAUUCGCAAGAGUUUGUGAGUGUGUCAGCCGAUGUGGACAAUGGUAACACAAGCACAAAUGACAAUGUGGAGGAAGCAGGCUCUUUACAGCCACCCAUCCUUCCCCCUGCAGUGCUCAUUCCUCAGCCACCAGCUCCCGAACCACAAGUCCCCUCAGAUGACAAUGACAACAAGGUCUGCUCACCUAUCACAGAGGAACCGGUUAGUAGUGAGCUUAUUAACCAGAUUUCAGAUACAACUGAAGACAAUAAUAAUAAUCCAGCCAUAGUCUCCUCCAAUGAGAAGACGCCAAGCCCAAUACUUGAAGAACCAUCUCCAGUAAAAGAGGAGGUACCUGCACCAGCACCGCCACCGGCACCAGCACCUGUGCCACCACAGAAUCCUUCCGUAAAACGCACUAAUCUGAAGAAGCCAAAUUCUGAACGCACAGGACAUGGACUUCGUGUAAAGUUCAACCCCCUGGCUCUGCUGCUUGAUGCAUCCCUGGAAGGGGAGUUUGACCUGGUCCAGAGGAUCAUAUAUGAGGUGGAAGAUCCCAGCAAGCCCAAUGAUGAAGGGAUUACCCCUCUGCACAAUGCUGUGUGUGCCGGACAUCAUCACAUUGUUAAAUUCCUCCUGGACUUUGGCGUUAAUGUAAAUGCCGCUGACAGCGAUGGCUGGACUCCUUUACACUGCGCAGCUUCCUGCAACAGCGUCCACCUGUGCAAGAUGUUGGUAGAGUGCGGGGCAGCCAUCUUUGCCACCACUAUUAGUGACACGGAGACAGCUGCUGACAAAUGUGAAGAAAUGGAAGAGGGCUACAUCCAAUGUUCACAGUUUCUUUAUGGUGUUCAGGAGAAGCUGGGGGUAAUGAACAAAGGAUUGGUAUACGCCCUGUGGAAUUUUGAAGCACAAAAUGCAGAUGAGCUGUCCUUCCGGGAAGGUGACGCCAUCACCAUUCUGAGACGCAAAGAUGACACGGAGACAGACUGGUGGUGGGCGCGUCUUAAUGAAAAGGAAGGAUAUGUGCCUAAGAACCUCCUAGGGCUUUACCCCCGGAUAAAACCCAGACAGAGAACCUUGGCUUGAAAUCCAGAAAGCCUCAAAUUUCCUACUUACACUGGAAAGAAAGGCAGAAAACCAAGCUAUAAACAUUUCAUGGACCAUCAGCGGCAAUCUGCGGAUGCUGUCUCUAAACGACAGACAUUAUAAGUACAGUGUAUUCCGAGAUGUAUUAUAUACCCUUGUGGGUCAUUUACAGGCUGGGCGUUCAUACAAUCUGCUCAUGGAUUCUGCAGGACUAUUGUCGGAUCGGAUUUAGCAGGGUGCAGAUGUGGAGACACAACGCUGUCCUCCCGGUACCACACAAAGUCCUCGGUGUAAAUAAGAAUUCACCGCAUCUGUUCAUUCUGCCCGCUUUCCUGCCAGUAAUGUUUUAGUGCCAGUGCAUAGAGUAAAGGCCGGACCCCAUACCAUCAACUACAUAAGGCACUUCCAUCUCAGGCGUUUUCUGUUGUGUGUGCGUGCGUGUGCUAGUCGUUGUGGGUCUGUUUUAGCACAUUUCCCAGAGGGGUGUUUUUAUUUUAUUUGCAAAUCAGAAGUGUGUAAUGAAAGAUUCCGUAUUCAGCACUUGGUAGAAGCAGGUGUGGUGGGACUGGUAAGUAGACGAAUACCUGAGACCGGGUAGUGAUGGAGGUGAGAGUAUGAAGAAUAAGCAGGUUCAUUGCACAAAGUGUAUAGAGAGGACUGGAAGUGUAUGGUUAUGAAGGCUGCGGAGCGAUGUGUGUUUUGUUGGUGAUCGAUAUAGUAAGUGGGGGGGACAGAUUACUGUUUGCACUUUUCACGUCUAGAAGAGUUCUUGGACGUUAUUUGAUAAUAGCACUGUGAAGAGAGCUGUCCACGGCAGUUACCCAUAGCAGUGUUCUGUAGCCAAAACCAAAUAAGUGGACUAGGUGCUGUGGGUUACUGCAUUGUGUCCGCUCUCUUAAAGGCCUUCUCAACACAGAAAUUAUAGUUCACUUCUAGGAGGAAAGUAAUGGGAUCACUCAACUUAAAACUAUUUUCCUGUGACUUGAGAUGCCUCUUCAGCACCUUUUGUCUGUUACCAUAAGGCCAUUAAAUGCAUUGUCAAGUUAUACCCCGAUGAAUUGAAAUACAGAAAAUACGAGGCACUGUUGGCCAGCUUCCUUUGGGGCUGAAGCCACUGGAUGGAACUGGGAGUUAUGGUUUGGGUUUUGGUUUAAGCCGUAUAAGAAGCCAGCAGGUUGAGUUGGAGCAUACUGUAUAUUCACCUGUCUGAUUUAAUGUUGUAACUUGGAGCAGUACAUGGCAUUCCUCUGUUUUGUUCAGUUGUCUUUGCACGGCCCUCGUAAAGUGAGCACUGUGGACUUUAAAUUCAACAUUUGUUGCAGUGGGAAUGUUUUUUUUUUUAUGGAUACAAAAAGACAUUUACUAAAAAUGGAGCACACAGAAUCUGGUGCAGCU